AUGAUAAAAAUUCGACGGAUUUUGGGGGUUCGACAUUUGAUUGUGGCACUUUUAUUUUUUGCGACAUUUGUCGGAUAUGCGUCACGUUCGAUUCUUUCCGUUGCAAUUGUCGCAAUGCUUCAAAACAAUACGGAUUUUCCAUCGUUUGAUUGGGAUAAACAAGAAGUUGAAGGACUUGUUUUAAGUUCCUUCUUUUGGGGAUACGCUGCCGCUCAAAUACCAUGCGGUCUUUUAAUUCAAUUAUAUGGAUCUAAAUGGCCUCUUUCUUGUGCCAUUGGCAUAUCAUCAAUAUGUGUCAUUUUGACUCCUUUGGCAGCAAUUUACGGUGAUUGGAUUGGAGCAUGUGCCAUGAGAGUUCUUCAGGGAUUGACACAAGCAGCACUUUUUCCAGGAUUAAAUUCUGCCCUAUCAAACUGGACACCUUUGGAGGAAAGAGGUCGUUUGUCUACAAUAAUUUUAUGUGGUAGUUUGCUUGGAACCAUCGUGGCACUUCCUGUCGGCGGAUUCCUCAUUCCUAGUCCGGGAGGAUGGCCUUCAAUAUUUUACGUUUUUGGAGGGGUAGGAGUAUGCUGGAGUCUUAUAUGGUGCGUUUUGGGGUAUAGCAGUCCAUCUCAACAUCCGUGGAUAAGCAAAUCUGAAAGAAGUUAUAUAGAAAUCUCAAUUUCAAAUAAAUUUGCAACAAAAUUAAAAACACCAUGGAAAGCAAUAUUAACUUCUCCACCGGUAUGGGCCAUAUUGGCAACUCAUUGUGCUGAAAAUUUUGGAUUUUGGACAUUAAUGGCAGAAAUUCCAACAUAUUUUGAUGCGGUACUCGAGUUUCAAAUUCAAGCAAAUGGAGUUCUUUCAUCUCUACCUUAUGGCCUUAUGGCAAUUUUAAGCGUUGUUUUUGGAUGGAUGGCCGAUUAUACGUUUGAAAAAAAAUGGUUUACCGUUGUUGCCUCGAGAAAAUUUUUCAACACCGUCGGUUUUUGGAUACCGGCAGCUGCUUUAAUAGCAUUAGGAUUUAUACAAAAAGGUCAACAGACUUUAGGUGUCGUACUUUUAAUAUUAGCUGUUGGGUUUAAUGCCGGAAGUAACGCUGGAUUUUCACUUAAUCACAUGGAUCUUUCUCCAAACUUUUCGGCUAUUUUAAUGGGAAUAACAAAUUUUGCGGCAAAUGUUUUUUCAACAAUUGGAACUUUAUUGGCUGAUUCUUUAAUAAGAAACGAUAAAACAUCCACGCAAAAUUGGCAAAUAUUAUUUACCGUAACGGCUGGAGUUUUUUUCUUUGGAAAUCUCGUUUUUAUAAUAUUUGGAAAAUCCGACCGACAAAUUUGGAAUGAUCCAGAAUAUGAAAAAAAUAAAAAAUUAGACUCAAACAGCUGA